AUGGGUGAGAGGGAUGAUGGACUGGGGCUAAGCUUGAGCUUGAGUUUAGGUUUAAAUCAAAAGGAGUCUUCUCCUAGGUUGAAUCCAAUGCAUAUGGCUUCUUAUUCAUCUUCAUCUCACAUGCAUAUGCAGAGCAAUUAUAAUCAUCCUCAAAAGAUUCAGAACAGUUGGAUGCAAAUGUUUCAAUCUUCAGAGAGGAACUCCGACGUGGGAUCGUUUCUCCGGGGAAUAGAUGUGAAUAGAGGUCCAUCGAGGGUGGUUGUUGACGUGGAGGAAGACGCCGGAGUUUCAUCUCCCAAUAGCACCGUCUCAAGCGUUAUGAGCGGGAAGAGAAACGAACGAGAGCUGGUGGCUGCUGCGGGUGGAGCUGGAGGUGGAAGAAUAAUAGAGGACAACGAGGUGGAGAGAGGUUCUAGCUCUCUCGGUGGUGGUAGUGACGACGAUGACGGUGGCGGGAACGGAGACGACGGGUCGAGGAAGAAACUGCGGUUGUCUAAAGAACAAGCUUUGGUCUUAGAGGAGACUUUCAAAGAACAUAGCACUCUUAAUCCGAAGCAAAAGAUGGCUCUAGCUAAGCAAUUGAAUCUAAGGACUAGGCAAGUGGAAGUGUGGUUCCAAAACCGAAGAGCAAGGACGAAGCUGAAGCAAACGGAAGUGGAUUGUGAAUAUCUAAAAAGAUGUUGCGAGAAUCUAACCGAAGAGAAUCGAAGACUGCAGAAGGAAGUGAGCGAGCUUAGGGCUUUAAAGCUGUCACCACAUUUGUACAUGCACAUGAAGCCUCCAACUACACUCACCAUGUGUCCAUCAUGUGAGCGAGUCGCUGUUACUUCAUCGUCAUCAUCGUCUGUGGCUGCUGCUCCUGUGAUGACUUCAUCGUCUCCAAUGGGACCAAUGAGCCCGUGGGCUGCUAUACCUCUCCGGCAACGUCCUGCUGCUGGUUCUCGUUGAAUAAAAUGUGUUUUUAUUUAUUUGUUUUUUUGUUUUCAUCAGAAGAAUUAGUUUUAGUUUUAACGUUAAUGGGCUUUGGUGAUUUCGUUUUUAUAUGUUAUAAUAUGGUAAAAACGAUCUUGGAAUGUCUUUUCAAGAGUUGGUCUUCUUUCUUGUCUCGUUUGUUUUUAUAUGUCUCUCGAAAGAGAAUG